AUGCCUCUGGAGAAGCUGGCACUAGCUAUUGUUUUCGCAUCCCGAAGACUCAGGAGGUAUUUCCAAGGGCACAAGAUUACCCUGAUGACCGAUCAACCCUUUGAAAAGGUACUUAGGAGGCCGGAGCUAUCGGGACGGUUAGCCAAAUGGGUUGUGGAACUGGGGGAACACAAUUUAGAAUUUAAGCCCAGGACAGCCAUGAAGGGGCAGAUACUGGCCGACUUUUUAGCAGAAAUCCCCGAAGAUGAAGAGAGGGAACUUUUAAAAUGGGAAGCUUUGGAAAAAGAAGAGGGAGAGAAGGAGGACGAGGCUGUGUGGAAAUUACUCACCAACGGGGCCUCUAGUGAAGAAGGGAGUGGGGCAGGCAUCACACUGAUAAGCCCAGAGGGGGUCGAACUGACCUAUGCCAUAAGAGUGGACUUCAAGAACACCAACAACACCGCAGAGUAUGAGGCCCUCUUAGCGGGAAUGAGACUGGCACAAAAGAUGAAAGCAGGGCAUGUGGAAGCUAGCACCGAUUCACAACUGGUGGUUAAACAGUAUCAAGGAGAGUAUGAGGCUAAAGACAACACCAUGGCUCAAAAAUCUGAUGCCCUCAGUAAGCUGGCCUCAGUGGCGUUCGACCACCUCGCAAGAGAAGUUAAAGUGGAAGUCCUGACAUCUCCUUCCCUUAACACGAAGGAGGUAGCUGCAGUUGAGAGUACCCAAGAAACAUGGAUGGCACCAAUUAUCAAAUUCCUCAGAGAUGGAAUCUUGCCCGAAGGGGAAUGGGCAGCCAGAAAGGUAAGGGUCAAGGCCCUGCAAUAUGAGCUGAUUGAUGGGGAGUUGUAUCGAAGAUCAUAUCUGGGUCGAUCCCUGAAAUGUGUUGAUAUGGAAGAGGCUGAGUAUGUGAUUAGGGAGAUGCACGAAGGGAUUUGUGGAAUGCAUUCGGGCCCAAGGACGAUAGUAACAAAGGCAAUGAAUGCAGGGUUCUAUUGGCCACGAAUGUAUGAAACAGCAUCCGAGGAAAUCAAGAAGUGUGAUAACUGCCAGGUGCAUGCACCAAUGACCCACCGACACAAACAUCCCAUGAUACCAGUUUCAACAUCCUGGCCAUUCCAAAAAUGGGCUGUCGACAUAAUUGGGCCAUUCCCGGAAGGUCCAGGAGGGGUCAAGUAUGUGGUGGUGGCCAUCGACUAUUUCACCAAGUGGAUCGAAGCGAUGCCCCUAGCAAAAAUCACUGGGGAAUAG